GAUGCCCGGGGGGGGGGGGGGGACACUGGCGCUCAUGUAAUGUCCUGUCAGUCCGCACGUCUUAGGUGAGGUCCUGGUGGCGAGGGAGAGCGGGGCGGUGGACCUCUGGAGCGUGGGCAGAGGGAUGCAGAAGGUCCGGGACGAGGACAGUAACCUGUACUUCAACGCCAAGUCGUUGUGGCGAUGGAGCGAGUUCUCCGCCCACCCAAGGGUGAUGGUGUACGCGGACAGGACGGGAGCGGACAUGAGCGACAUCCGGGAGAGUCCGGCCUCAAGUCACACGCUGUUUCGUAUCAGCAACACCUCAGAGUGUCGCAGCGGGGAGAGGGUGGUACUGUCCACCUACCUGGGAGACGUCCACACCUUCCAGCACCUCGUCACAACUCAGUGCUCAGCCUACAUCAUAGACGAGCGGUUCCCCUGCAUUCCCGUGCUCAAGUGGGACCACAUGAUGACGUCUCCGCCCAUGUUCUGUCACGUACUUUGUGAUCCCGCCUCCUCCGGCUCGGCAGUGGGCGGAGCCACCAAGGUGCUGCUGGGCUCCCAGAAAUCUCAGGAAAUCACACUGCUGCAGUUCUCUGGAGGCAGAGCGACGGCCACCUUUAGUCGAGGUCCUCCUCAGGCGCUCCUCCGACCCGGAGACAGUCUGAAACACCUUCCUGUCCAGAUCCCUCACCGCCUGGACCUCACCAGCAGCAGGUUGUCUGCCCCUGCAGCAGGUCUGACUUGUAUCCAGAUGGGGGGGACGGAGGCCGGUGGGGUCGAGUCCAUCUGUAUCCUCCAGCUGACGGAGGCGGGGGACAUCUUCUACCAGAACCUGGAGUCACAGCCGAUGGAGGCCUCUCCACCUCCGGCAGCCGAACCGUCUCCACGACCCGCUCAAACAGCAGCCGCAACUUCAGGGGGGGCGCCGGCGACGUUGAGCGACGAGGACGUGAUUGGACCAACUCCGACCGUGCAAAGGUCAGGGGUCAAAACACUGGAGGGGGAGCAGGACGUGCACUCUGACUCCUCCCAGGACUCAGAGACCCGGCAGAGGGGUCGCUUCAGUGCUUACUCUGGUCUGAAGGUCAUGGUCAACACCGACCCCGAGCUGGAUCAGGGAAGCGGCUCGGACACGGGGGACAAAGACCUGGACGCGGAGGAGACCGGCGGCGCGGAGGAGACCGGCGGCGCGGAGGAGACCGGCGGCGGGGGCCCGGGCGGUGCCGGGCGGCGGCCUCCGCCAAAGCUCAGCGACGGCGCGCUCGUCACGUGGAAACGGUGGCUCCAGAAGUUGGUGCAGAGGAAUCGCAAGAAGGAACCCCCCCGUCGGCGCGGCCGGCAGCAACGGGCCGUCCCGGUCAAGGACCUCCUCCGGUCGGGCGGGGCGGCGAGGGAUCCCGCGGAAGAGGCGCGGGUGCAGAGCCUGCGGCGCGACCUGAGCGCGUGCAUGGCCCAGCGGGCCCUGCUGCUGCACGGUGCGGUCUCCGCCCCCCUGCAGGCGCCGGACCCGGUGGCGGUGCCUUGCGCGGUGCAAAGGGACGGCUGGCUGGACGCCGUCAGCCAGCGUCUGACGGCGUCCUGGGAGGGCGAGGAGGCGUGGCUGGCGUGGUGGAGGGAGCAGCUGGGGCUGAACAGGGAGGACAAGGUGAAGGCGCUGAGGAGAAAGAGGAGGAGGGAGAAGGACCGGAGGAGAGCUGCGGGCCGGCGCAUGGAUCUGUCCAGCAGCUUCACCUCCUCCGUCAGCUACCAGUCGGAGCUGAGCGACUUCUCGGACUGGUCGGGCUGGUCCUCCGGCUUGAGCCAGGGCGCGUUUUCAGACAGCGAGGAGGGACUGCCCCCGGCAGGCAGCUCUCUGGAGGGCGGGACUCCGAGAGCCACGACCCCCACCACACCGCCCGCCACACCAACCUGCACGCCGGUUGCCACGCCGACCGCCACACCAGGUGACCAGCAGGCUACCAGUAACGCCCCGACCCGGACGCCAAGGCGGGAACCCACACCGGCCAAUCAGAGGCGAGCGAAGCGCCCAGCGGACGACUACCUCCGCGCUCUGUUCGCCGCUCAGGACGAGGUCCCGCAGCACGACGGUUACUUGCAGGAAGGGGCGAGCGCCGCGCAGAGCUCGGCACUGCCGCCGCGCGGGGCCCCGUCCGCCGACCUGAGCCACCGCUGGCCGGACCCGUCGCAGGAGCCCGCCCUCUCUCAGCCCCGGCCCGUCUCCCAGAGUGCAAGAGGUCGCCCGGGGUCGUCACAGCCGUCGCAGCGUAAGAAGUCUCGAAUGGGAUUUUGAUCGACUGCCUCCAGACUCAAAGGAGCGCUUAGCUGUGAUCGCCGCUUCCUGUGGCGCGGAUAUAACACGGCGCUCCUGCAGACUGGAUCUAACGGGGAGAAGACUGACUGCAGACCAGUUUGGUAGGACUGAAGACUUAUUUCUGUGUGUGCGCAUGUGUUGUAAUGAUGCCGGUGUCACUGGCUAAUGAACAGCUGAUCUCUGGACAGAAGAGUUCAAAUGGUGGUUGUAGUUAAAGUAGUAGGAAACCUCUUCAAACCGGUUCUUCCCGGCGUAUGUUGUGGUUUUAUUUCACUACUCUCUUGAUGUGAUGUUGAGUUUCUCAGAAGUUUCUCAGUCUGUUUGCUGUAAUGAACGAGAGAAACCUAAAAGCUUUACAGUUCUUCUUCCAGCCUCUGGUUACUGUGACUCAUCUUAGAGAAGAAUAUUGGUGAGAUCUAAACAGAAUGACCCCCAUGUUUGUUCAUAUACAAACCAGUGUCUUAUUUUGUCAGAUGCUGGAGGACAGAGGUUGUUAAUUAUUCAUGUUCACUUGUCAUAUAGUUGCAUUUGUGUGAAGACAAAGAUCUCAGCAGCUUGUUGUGAAACAGACACCGAUUAAAAAAUACAAUUUUUAUAAGA